UACGCACCGCAUGCGCAAAUUAGCCACCACCACAACAUCCACCUCCUGUUUUAUAGCUCUCUCUCUCUCUCUUCAUGUGUAUCUAUAGAUAGAGAGAGACAGGGCCCAACUGGGUUGCAUUUAUUUUGAUUUUUUUUCGGAUCACUCAAUACACACAACCACAGCUGUUAUCGAUCUCAUGCAUCUCUGUUCUUGCUAACGUGCGCCGGUCAAAGGUGUUCUUGAAGAAUUAUUGAAAAAGAUCAUGCUUGAUCACGAGAUCAUGUUCAAGAAUCAAGUGCAGGAGAUGCAUAGAUUGUAUGCAGUACAGAAGUUGUUGAAGGGUGCUUCAAACUAUCCAAGAUGUGAACUUUUUCCAAUGAAGAGAACAUUUACCGAAAGUCAUCCGGUGGGACCCUCACAAUUCAUGUUUGAUCAAGAUUUCGGCUCUAGAUUUCAACAGAGGUCUCUUGAUCUUCGACUUUCGAUUGGUAACUCUUGUGAUGAUGAUGUUUUGGAUCGUGAAGAGUUGAAUCUUUCUUUGAGCAUCGGGAUGAGUUCCAAUAAAAGAAUCAAAACCUCAAGAAAAUCUAUGAAGAACACAAUUGUAUACCCGUCUUCACCAGUAAUAAUCGAUCUAGAGGAUUCUACUGAAACUGGAUCUAAUGAGUCGUUGAAGGCGAAUUUGCAUCAAGAUGAGUUAUUCGCUACGAGUUUAAAGAUGAAUGGUGAGAUGCAUCAUGAAUGCAGCGACCUCAAUCAAGGAUCCAACGGUUGGAAUAAUGUCAAACGAACAAUUUUAGUGGAUAUCGAUCUCAACAAAGAUCAACCCGAUGAAAAUCCUUCGUGGGAUGGCUCAUGUGGCGAAUCUAGUAGUCAACUUGCCACUUCUUUGACUUUCAAAGGUCAAACCAAGACCUGCACCAUAGAUCUCGAGUCACUUCCUGAACCCUCAUCAGAUUUAACCGAAGAAAAAAUAAUAAGCGUCUCAGAAGCAAGCAUACAAGAUUUUGCAGAAGAAAAUGCAGCACUCUCACUUAUCUCCAUCUCAAAACAACUAACUUUAACUGCCAAUCAAGAUUCUGUGACGUCGGACGAGACUGAAAACCAAGAUGAAAAGAAAAAGAAAACAACGACACGAUCGUUAUCGAUUGAUUCUUACGAGUCACUUGUGUUGAAACUAGAAGAAAGCAGCAUAGAAGAAGAUUCCGCAACAUCAAAGGCGUACGAAAUAAACGAAAACGAAUUGGAUCAAAAGGAUAAUGGGAUCAAGUUGAGAAGAGGAAGGAGACUUAAAGAUUUCCAAAAAGACAUACUUCCCACAUUAUCAUCACUCUCAAAACAUGAAAUUUGGGAAGAUAUUAAGCUUUUGGAGGGUGUGAUUCGGUCUAGAGAAUACAAGCGGUUAAAUAAAGCGAAAACGUUGACUACAGUGAAAAGUAAACGGGCCAAGGUCAACGCUUCGGGUCAAAAGGCUUGCUCACAGAAAAGGAAAUUGUAGGUUUUAUGAAUUAGAAGCAGAUAAAGAUUGAUUCUCAUUCUUGAUGUGUUUUUAGUUUUUUUUUUUUUUUUUGAUUAUCCAUUCUAGUAUCUAGUUUCUGUUUGUUGAGGAAUUAAUCAGUUAUAUAAAAGUUCAACCAUAAGUCCAUAAUCAUAUCUUUUGUUUUUAA